AGACUGUUGACCCGUAUGGCCGUUUAACACUCCACAAAAUAGCUUAAAGAAGGACUAACCUUUCCCUUAGUUUUAUUGGGUCACUUUCUGUACUUCCAUUCUGUUGCGUUCUGCCAUAACUCUUCAGUCCAACAAGGCAUGAAAGUACAAUUGUAAGAUCAGAGGCCGGGAGAAGUAGAACCAUCUGUGUGUGUGGAUGUGUGCUGGAUGCCUGCCACUUGUCAUGGCGACCGACGUGACACUCUGUAAGCAGCCCUGGCUAUAGAUCAUGUACUUAGCACAACGUAGCCUCCGUGAGAACACGAUCAGGACCGACGUUUCGGCGCUGAUGUCUAAUCUCUAGCUAGAUGCGCUGUCUGUCAAGUUUGAAGUUCUGGAGUUGUGACCUUGGCGUUCAGUCCCGCUCAUCCGAUGAACAACACAGGGAAGGCGAGACGAGAGGAAGAGCAGCACGGAGAAGGGGGGUCUAAAAGUAAGAUGAACCGGCGAGGCUCGGACUGCAAGGCUACCGAAGCGAAGCUGGUUGUGUCGGGGAAGAUGGGAGUGGGCAAAUCAGCACUUGUCGUCCGAUAUUUGACGAAGCGGUUUAUCUGGGAAUACGAUCCAACAUUAGAGUCCACGUACCGCCAUCAGAUUACCAUAGAAGACGACGUGAUCAAUAUGGAGAUAUUGGACACAGCCGGGCAACUUGGGGAAGAUAGCACAAAUCAGUGGGAGGGUCACGUGAGAUGGGGAGACGGGUUCCUAUUGGUCUACAGCGUGGACGACAGGGAGAGUUUUGAGAACAUUGCUCAGCUGAAAAACUUUUUGGAUGACAUCAAGAAACCCAGAAACGUUUCCAUGGUGAUGAUGGCAAACAAGACGGACUUAGAACGAGAGCGUAUCGUCUCUACAGAGGAAGGAGAGAAGCUAGCCCAGGAUUUGGCAUGUGCGUAUUACGAGGGCUCCGCGUUGCUAGGAGACGGAGUUAUCAGCGAGGCUUUGGAGGAACUGUGUAGAGAGGUGCGCAGGCGCAAAAUGAUGGAAGGCAAACAACGCAGACGGAGCUCCUCCCAGCAAGUGAAGCAGGUGUUCAACAGAGUUCUGACAAAAAUUUACAGCUAAAUACACAUACAGAAGUAUCCAUAUAUCAAAUGCAAUAUCCCCCCGAAUCCCAAAGAAAUUCUAGGGAGCUUUUAAAUUUGUUAUUGUCUUGCGUUAUUUUUUAUGACCUGCAACUUUUCAAGAUUAGAUAGAAAGGCAGGGAAAAUUAUGUAAUAAUCUAAAAUGACUGUUAUCAGUGAAAUGGUUCAUAUUGUGCUUUUCGUAAAAAAGAUACAACAUGUGUACAAUGUGUUGACGUUGUCUUUAUUUCACAGAAAAAACUUUAUCCUGUUUUUAACGGCCUAACUGCAAUUAUAAGUGUAUUGAAGGAGUAUGUAAGACCCGACAUGGUCUACAACAUUUGGUCACACCAGCUUUGAUACAAACUUGUUUACCGGCUCUCACUGUUGUGCACGUCAUGAUGAAUAAUAAAUCUGUACAUUCGUGA